AUGCCCGACACCUCAGCGCCCACCGUUUUUGCCAACACCGUACUGGUGUCUUGGGAAGCGGGCCAAGUUCCCACACUGCAGACCAUUGGGGUUCCAGACCAGCCACGCAAGAAGCGCGCCCAUUGCAAAAGCCGGCGUGGGUGCCUGGCAUGCAAGCGUCGCAGAGUCAAGUGUGACGAACGUCUCCCAUGCUCCAGCUGCGUCAAGCGGAACAUCCAAUGCGUGCAGCCAUUGCACCAAUAUGACGUCUCCCCAGGCCUCUCCGCGACCAGCGCUCGCUUUGAGAUAGACCCAAAUCCCCAGAUUAGUCUAUUGCAUCUCGAGCUAUUCAAUCACUGGGAUAAGGAAACCCGUUCGACGCUUACGUUUCCUCAAGUCUGGCCCGUCGUCACGCAGCGAGCAUUUCAUGAAGAUUUCAUCAUGUCUGCCAUCCUAAGUGUUGCUGGUAUGCACCUCGCAACCCUUUGUCCGCAGAGCAGCAAAUACUCUCACGCAGCAAUGCAACUAAUGGCCAAGGCGAUACGGCUCUUUCGCCAAAAUCUAUCUCGCCCCUUCACCAAAGACCACUGCGAGGCGCUCAUGGGAACGGCCCUUCUCAUAAACUACAUGUCGUGGGUUGACCUGGGAUUCUUGGACGGCGGAACCACUUCCGGUUCGGAUAGUUUGAAUCUCGUCCAGGACCAGUUAUUCCUCCUCAGCUCCGGUAUUCUCCAGGUUUGGUUUCAAGCCAUGCCCAUCUUUAUUGACGAGGGAAGCGUCUUUACCCAGAUUGUAUAUGAAAACCCAAGGCUCGAUAUUGAAGACGCUCUCGUAAAAAUCGGCGAGGACCCAGCUCGCUUCGUAAAGCCAUUCAUGACAAUCUGGGAUGAUCCUCACUACCAGACCUUGAGUUGCAAAAGCACAGAAACCGUUCACUCUGGCGCUACAUUCUAUGCUUGGCGUCUUCUUCUUGGCAUACAAUCUGAACUUACAUGUCGAAAUUCCUUGCCGCCAGCAUCAGCGUCAACAGCACAGGGACAUGGUGAAAAGCAGAAAUUAAGAUCUCUCAGAGAUACAGUCACAAGAAUUACUACCAAAUAUAUCUCUGCCAGCCAUCCGGUUACCUCAGUCGCACCAUCAUCACAAUCGGAUCGCUCCGCAUUUGAAAGAGUUAUCCGCUGCAUGUCGCCUCUCUUGUGCUGCGCGUCUCUCAACUCGACGGCAGAUUCGGCAGCACAUGCUAGCACCAAGGCUCUCGAAGCGAAUAUUGAGCAAUUGUUCUAUGGGUUUCCGAUUCUGUGCUGCGGGCCCUUUGCCAGGUUGAUAACGACAGGAGAUUCGCGAGCCCUCGUCUUUCUUUUCCACUUUUAUCACGCUGCACGAAGAUUGCUGGCGCCUAAAAGGUGCUGGUGGGCGUCUGUGAGAAGCUCCGUCAUGGAGGAGCUUAUACUCAAGGAGCUAGACUGCCGCGGGCUUGAUGUAUCUCUGCACAUUGAGUAG